CCUUACCACAUCAUUCCAAAUUCAUUACAUUACCUUUCUUUCACAGUUUUCUAGCAAAUAAUAGUAGAGAAACAUGGCUCUGGGAAGAGGCAGUGCAUUGGUUCUACUAGUCUGCUUUUUUGUUCUUAACUCUGAGUUGGCUCAUGCUGCUACCUACACUGUUGGAGGUCCUGGAGGUUGGACCUUUAACACUGUUGGAUGGCCUAAUGGAAAACGCUUUAGGGCUGGUGAUACCCUUGUGUUCAACUAUAGUCCAUCAGCUCACAAUGUGGUGGCGGUGAACAAAGGAGGGUAUGAUAGUUGCAAGACUCCAAGAGGAGCAAAAGUGUAUAGGUCAGGAAAGGAUCAGAUCAGGCUUGCUAGGGGACAAAACUACUUCAUUUGCAACUUUGUGGGUCACUGCGAGUCCGGAAUGAAAAUUGCCAUCAAUGCUGCUUAAAUUUUACUAUAUUAAAGUCUAAUAUACCUAAUAAUUUAGGGUUCAACUUAUAUAUGUGUGUGUUUUUCAAUUUUCAUACCUCUUGUUGUACCUGUUCUUUAUGUACUUCUUGAAUCAUGUAGAAGUUUUAUUAUCCUUAAAUUAAAUAAGUGGAUAGGUGGGUGUGAAGUGUUAAGUGUUCCAUGUAUGCUGCUAUAUGUUAGUCAUCAUGGAUCUAGUAGUAACAAAUAAUUUGUGUAAUAUGAUUUCUGGGUCUCUCAGGAUGUUAUGUAGCGAACCAAUUGUUUGAAGGGAACUACAAUUGAUUUAAAUUUACCAUUGUUAUUAUUCUU